UUAAUCUAUACGCAUACUCAACAUAUAUAUAUCCCAAAACUUGACGACAAUUUAAUAUCUAUAUAUGGGAAAAACUUCACUCUUGAAUACACUGAUCCGCAAUUUUUUAUCGAUGGUAAAAAGAUCACACCAAAUCUUAAAUCAGACAUGUAUAGUCUUGGAGUAAUAUUAUGGGAGCUUACUAGCGGAAUUCGACCUUUUUUUACAAUUAAUAAUAAGGCAUCUUUAAAUUUAAGUAUUUCACAAGGCAAACGAGAGAAACCGAUUCCUGGCACACCUUCAAGAUAUGUAAAAAUUUAUAAGAAAUGUUGGAAUACUAAUCCGAAAAAAUGUCCGGAAUUAGAUGAAAUUUUACAUACAAUUCAAAAAUUAAGAGAAGCAACAGAAUUCAUUUUUAAUGAAAUAUUCCCUA